AUGCCGACGUUCGAGGACGUCAUCCGAUCCGCGAUCGCCGGCCGCACCUCGGCCCAGAUAGCCCCUGAGGUCCGCGCCGUUCUCGACAAGGCCGACCCCGAGACCAGGGAGAUGUUCAUGACGAUCCUCGUCUACGUCACCGCCUUGACCAACGAGUCCAAGGCCAAGACGGCCUCCGAGAUCCGCAACGCCGUCGAGGCCCGCGAGAACUACAUCAAGGCCAAGAACAAAGCUGAGGGAUGA